AGGGCUGUUAACAGGAUGGUUUCAAUCUGGGCCUUUCCAGGCCUGAAUCCACCUUGAAAUAUGUGAACCCAGGCUGAAGCCUAUUGUGCCUAUUUUCCCAAGCCCAAGCCUGAGCCUUAUUGAACUUAACUAGUCCGAGCCUGAAUUCAUGCCUGAUUAAAACAGACAAGCCCAAACCAACCCUGAUUAAACUGCAUGGGUUUGUUUCCAAUUUAACAUACUAGGAGGAUUGAAAAAGGAUAUAGUUUUUCAAUAUAGAAUAGCCAUGGAGGUCCGAGGGAUAGGAACCUGCUGAUGUGAUUGCACCAUACUCAUAAGUGCUCAAUAGGACCAAGCCUGCCCCAAUUACUAACUGGCUUGAAAUUUCAUCCCUGAGCUGGACCUGAUAAUCAAGCUGGACUUCAUCUCUCUUUGGGCCAAGCCAAGCCAAGCCAGACAGUUUAACCUGGCCUGGUCUGUUUAUAGCUCUGCUACUUAGGGCCAGCUCCUACUUCAAAAUCUCACAGGUUACUAUUGCUUUGAUCACAAAAUACCUAACUGUCUACUUUUUGUUUAAUGCUCAUGUUCAGACUGCCUUCCCACUUCUUCUAAUUCUGUUAAGAGAUGACUUAUACAUAACUAGCCAUGACCUUGGUCGUACCACUGGUAUAAUUGUAUCUUAAAAUAAGUUUUCCAGGGGAAGAUUACUAUUUAGAAAAAUAUAGCUUUCCACUAGCAUAAUAGGGUUUGUCUUUCAAUUUUGAGAUUGUUGUUCCUCAUGCUUUAUUUACAGGUUAUGUAUGAUAAGUACUCUGAAAGGAACCGUCGUUUUGCGUUUGUCACUAUGAAAACAGUAGAGGAUGCAAAUGCAACUAUUGAGAAGUUGAAUGACACGGAAAUUGGAGGACGGCAAAUCAAAGUAAAUGUGACGAAAAAGCCUUUGCAUCCUGUGGAUGUGUAUCUUCUCCAGGUUGAGGAAUCAACGUUCAUUGACAGCCCUCACAAAGUUUAUGUCGGGAACCUUGCAAAGACUGUGACCUCCGAAACACUCAGCCAAUUCUUCUCUAAGAAGGGAAAGGUUCUUAGUGUGAAAGUGUCUUGAGUGUCAGGGACCUCAAAAUCCAGUGGGUUUAGGUUUGUUUCAUUUUCUUCGGAUGAGGAUGUAGAACUUGACAUUUCAUUAUUUAACAAU